AUGAUGAUGAUGAUGACUGGCCGUGUGCUGCUGGUGUGUGCCCUCUGCGUGUUGUGGUGCGGUGCGGGCGGUGGUGGAUGUUCUGAACCAACGCAAGUUUCUCAAGACAUUACGUCCGUUAAUGAGAAUGGUCCUAAAACCGACAACGAUUCCAGCGGUGGCGCUGGCGGAGGUGGCAAAAACGGUCAAUCGGCACAGUCACAACCAGCAGGAGUAUCGGUGCAAGGAGCAAACGAAGUGGGAGCGGCACUACGAACUGGAACACAAGCACCAGAAACGGCAGACGCAGAGAAGAAAAACCAAACAGAAAAAGGAAAGGACAGCAUGGUUCAAAAUACAGACGAUGAAAAGAAACAAGUGGAAGAAAAUGGUGCGAAUGAAGAGAAGGAUGAUAGAAACAAAGAGAAGGAAGACGAAGAAGUGGAAGGAGACGAAGAGGGAGAGGAAGAAGAAGAGAGAGAGGAAAAGGAAGAGGAUGGUACGAAAGGAAAGGAGGAGACAAUGAAAGGAGCCGAUACCAGCACCACAGAGGUGAUCUCAGCAGGCAAUGAAGAGCCGCCAAUUAUAUCUUCUGGUGCGGCAAGAGCAUCGAAUAUAACAAAUACCAACAGCACACAAACAACUGGAGACGAUGACCCAGCAGCUGAUGGUGCAGGGACAGCAGAGGGAAAACAAAAUGAAAAUAAAGAUGCCAAUCCGAAAGAAACACCAGUGACGGCCGCAGCCAUGAAAAAUACAACGGCAACGACUGGCGACAGUGACAGCAGCACCACGGCCUCCCACACCACCUCCCCUCUUUUGCUUCUUCUUGUUGUUGCGUGUGCGGCUGCUGCUGCGGUGGUGGCCGCGUGA